GACAACUAGAUGAAAGAACAGUCUAAUGACAUCGGGCCGACGGUGCAGUCAUGACUGAAAGUCUUGAACGCAUCAGCUUGCGAACCAGGAUUCUGGUACUGUAUGGAGUAUUCAAUUUUCUACCUCUCCAACAAUGCAGCAAUGUCAAACUAACGGUGACAGAUGUGCCCGGAAAGCCAGUGUGGAACGAGACGUGGACAGAUCACUUGAGGAAAGACCUCCUGCUGAACUAUGACAAGUUCGCAAGACCAGCUCAGCACUUCAACACAACGACAGUGACAAUUGAUAUCACAAUUCGUCAUGUGACCAUUGAAGACCUGAAGUCAAUGAUGACUGUGUACGCUUGGGUAAAAAUGUCCUGGAUUGACGAGAAGCUUAAAUGGAAUGCUUCGCACUACGGUGGUUUGACGCACCUUCAUCUCGGCGAUCAUGAAGUCUGGCAGCCGGAUAUUGUUCUCUACAACAGUGCGGCUGGUAGUACAAUUGACCAUUACGGAAACACGCACUGCAUAGUGAGCGGGGAUGGAACUGUGCUCUGGGUUCCUCCGUCGCAAUUCAUGGUCUUCUGCGACCUCGACCUCCGCUUUUGGCCAUUCGACACUCAAGUUUGUUUUCUGAGACUCGGUUCCUGGACAUUCGACGGUGAACAGAUCGACCUACAAUUUUCAGAGGCCGAGAAUCAGCCCGACCUUCUGACACACAACUCCGAGUGGCUACUCAAAGGUUUGACCCGUGAACGUAACGUCGCCCACUAUCCAUGCUGCCCUGAAGCCUAUAUCGAUGUAACUUACAAUCUCACCAUGCAGAGACAAUCCCCGAACUACGCGGCCAUCGUCAUGACUCCAGCGACUGCCAUUGUGUUCCUGACGUUGGUCAUCUUUUGGUUGCCGCCUCAGUCUGAGGACAGAAUCACGGUCGCGGCUUGCACGAUGGUUCUGAUAUCUUUGUUCCUGAUCUAUUUUAACCAGAAGUUACCAGCGACUGCUCACCACACGCCUCUAAUCUUGCAUUUCUACAACUGUAGCCUGUACUUGGUUAGUAUAUCACUGAUAAUCUCGGUGACGGUGAUUAAUAUGUCGAAGAGGUCAAACGCGAGACGGCUGCCCUGGAGAGUGAAGCAGUUCCUGGUAGGUCAGUUGGGGAAAAUUCUUUGGCUCGAUGAGAUGGUCCAAUUGGUUAAAGUACAGAGAGCGAAUCCUGGCGAGGAGAUGCGAGAAGGCAACGUAACCGAUGGGAAUCAAUCAAUUCCCGGAACACUCGGCACUUCCAGUCUGAACGAUGGCGACCGCCAGAAUAUCCUCACUCCACCGAAAUCCUCUCAACUUGAGUGGACUCUGGCUGCCAUGGUGCUCGAUCGAAUUGCCUUUUUGCUAUACUGCUUUGUCUUUGUCAUUCUCGCAAUACGUUGCUCGGUGUAAGGAAAAAAUCUUAGUUUUCUACCGAAAAAAAAAAAAAAAAAAAACCAAGCCAUAACAACAAUAAUAAUAAUAAUGUGUUGGUCGUUUGACUUCUUUUUCUUCGUUUUCUUCCGAUUGCUGGAGAAACUUAUUCAUAGGAAUAGUCAUAACUGAUUAUUAUUGUAUAUGAGUGUAGAUUACGUGUUAUAAUAUAAAUGUUCCUUCUGGAUUAUUAUGGCUUUCCGGAAAAUGCUUUAUGAUUACUAGAAAACACUUUAUACAUUAUGAAAUAUAUUUUUACAUCAUCGUAAAUUAAGCAAAGUUAUAAACUAUACAGGAUAUAAUUAAUUAAAUAAAAUUUAUUUUCUUAUUGA